CAGGGUCUUGGGAGGUUCUGUGGAGGGGAAGGACCUCAGGGUUUGGGACAGACAUCAUACAGGUAACUCUCUUCUAGGAAUGACUCUGUGCCUUGGGACACCAGAGAUGGCAGGAACCCUGCCUAAGUCUAUACUAAGAGCACAGCCAGAUACUGUGGUCUCCAAGCAGACUAACGUGACCUUCUUGUGUGAGGGUAUGAAAGGAGCCAAAGAGUUCCAUAUCUACAGAGAUGGAGUUCGAUAUACUCAGUUCACACAGAUUCUACUAAAGCCUGAGAACAAGGCUGAAUUCUCGAUCUCAUACGUUGACCAGAACCAUGCAGGGAGCUAUCAAUGCUGCUAUCAGACUCAUGAUGGAUGCUCAGACUACAGUGACGCCUUGGAGCUGGUAGUGACAGGAGAACACAGUAAACCCAGUCUGUCAGCCCAGCCCAGCCCAGUGGUGACCUCAGGAGGAAGUGUCACCCUCCAGUGUGACUCACGGCAGCGACAUGACAGGUUUGUCCUGAUUAAGGAAGGACCACAGAAGCUCUCGUGGACACUGGACUCACAGUAUAACUUCUCUGAUAGACAAUACCAGGCCCUGUUCUUUGUGGGUCCUGUGACCUCCAACCAAAGGUGGACAUUCAGAUGCUACAGCUUUGACAGAAACAGACCACUGGUGUGGUCAGAACCCAGUGGUCCACUGGAACUCCUGGUUUCAGGGCUGUCCAAGAAGCCCACCCUGCUGACUCACCAAGGCCAUAUCCUGGAUCUUUCAAAGAGUCUCACCCUGCAGUGUUGCUCUGAUAUCAACUAUGACAGAUUUGCUUUGUACAAGGUGGGGGAAAAUGAUUUCACCCAGAACCAUGGCCAGUGGACUCAGGAUGGUCUCUCCUUUGCCAUCUUCACACUGGGCUCUGUGACUAACUCUACUGGUGGCCAGUACAGAUGCUAUGGUGCACACAACCUCUCUUCUGAGUGGUCAGCCUCCAGUGACCCCUUGGACAUUCUGAUCACAGGACACUUUCCUGUCACUCCUGUUCUCUCAGUGAAGCUUAACUCUACAGCUCAUCCAGGAGACUAUGUGACACUUCUGUGUUGGUCAAGAAACCCUGUGGACACUUUCAUUUUGGACAAGGAGGGAAAAGUCCAUCAACCUCAGCGACAAAAAGCAAUGUUCCAAGAUUCGCAGUACCAGGCAGAAUUCACCCUGAGUCCUGUGACCUCUGCUGUCUCAGGAAGCUACAGGUGCUAUGGCUCUCAAAAUUCAUCGCUAUACCUGUUGUCAUAUGCCAGUGCCCCUGUGGAGCUCAUCGUUUCAGGACCCACUGAAGCAUCCAGCCUGCCACCAUCGAAGUCCCUGCCACCAUUGCAGCCCAUGCCAACACCUGGACUGGACAACUGCCUAAUGGCUCUGGUUGGAGUGUCUGUGGCCUUCCUCUUGUUACCAUUCAUCCUCAUCUUCCUCCUUCUCCUACAAAGGCAACAGGGACAAUUCAGAAAGAAAGUCAAGAAAGAGACAGAAUUCCACGUUUCUGCAGGGGCUGCAGAGCUAGUAUCCAGAGAUAGGGGCCCCCAGGAGAGAUCAAACAGAGCCGCUGACACCCAGGAAGAAAAUCUUUAUGCUUCAGUGGAGGACAUACAACUUGAGGAUGGUGUGGAACUGCGAAGUUUGGUCAUACCAUCUGAAGAACCUCAGGAUGUGACCUAUGCCCAGCCACUCAGGACAUUCAGACAGGAGACAGCUGCACUUCCUCCCUCCCAGGCAGGGCAGGUGUCAGAGGAGCCAGUGUAUGUGAUGCUCUCGUAGCUACUAAUCCAUAGGCUAUUCCCAAGAACAAGAAUGCAUGACCCUCUGCACACAAGCAUGCUUAACAGAGACUUCUAAAGAAUGGUGGCAGUUUUUUGGAACCUGUCUGCACUUUAAAUAAAUUUACACAUUUUGGAAAUAAAGCAGGAGAUUUCUCAAUUAUCAAGUGAAAUGAAAUUAAAUAUAAGGGGUAUAAAGUUUUUCCAGCCCAACAAGUCUCUCCAUUGGCAUAAUAAUCCAAACCAGAUGAAAUCAAAUAAAAAACUUUUUAAUUAACAAUUUUAUUAAAAUUAUUAAAAAUUUCCACUUCUUCCCCUCCUUCCAUUUCCCUCCACCUCCCCCCCCACUCUGCCUCCCCCUCCCUCUCCAGUCCAAAGAUCAAUCAGGGUUCCCUGCCCUGUGGGAAGUCCAAGGUCCUCCCCCCUCCAUCCAGGUCUAGGAAGGUGAACAUCCAAACAGACUAGGCUCCCACAAAGCCAGUACAUGCAGUAGAAUCAAAACCCAGUGCCAUUGUCCUUGGCUUCUCAGUCAGCACUCAUUGUCAGCCAUGUUCAGAGAGUCCUGUUUGAUCAUAUGCUCCAUCAGUCCCAGUCCAGCUGGCCUUGGUGAGCUCUCAUAGAUCAGCCCCACCAUUUCAGUGGGUGGACACACCCAGAUGGAAAUAGAAAAUGUAAGACUUUAA